AUGAGCAACGGCGAGCCCUCUACCGCAACCGACGACCACAGGAUAAAGGUCCUAGUGACAGGAUGGCGCAAGGCGGGGAAAUCGUCUUGCAUCAAGACUGUGUUUCAGCACCUUCCCGUCAAGGACGUGCCGUACAUCGGCAUCACGCAGAAGAUCGAGAAGGUUGACUAUGACACCAUUGUACCGCUGCAGAUCUGGGACACGCCGGCCAACUUUGACCUUGAUCAGCUCGACGUGCCUCUUGCCUCAUUCUCAACAUUGGUGUAUGUCAUCGACAUGCAACAAGACGACUCGUACCAUGAGGCUGUGCGACAGGCGAUCACCAUGAUUCUGCGGGGAUACCUCGCAAACCCUCAGAUGAAGUUUUCCGUCUUCAUUCACAAGGCGGAAGCGUUGUCCGAAGACUACCGCGGCGAAAACUACUCCGAGAUUCAGAGAAGCAUGACAGAGGAGCUCGAGGACUAUCACUACUCGAGCCUGCAGUCAUACGCACCCAAUCUCGACUUGGGCGAUCCCAGCGUUUGCAACAACAUCUUCAACCAUAUGAUUGCAGAGAUCAAGUUCGAUAUGACUAGUGUGCACGACGUGUCCCUCCGCGACGGUUGGAGUAAGGUUAUCCAGGGUGUGAUGGAGAUGCUGCCAGCCGUGGAAGCGCUGCUCCUCAACUUUACAGAAACGUCGGGGAUGGACAAUUCCUACCUUUUCGACAUUGACUCGGGCGUCGUUCUGGCGACUGAUAACCGACACCGCAACGACGCGACAAUGGAGCAGGUGACAGAAUACCUCACAAAGUUCCUGCAGUUCCGAGACAUUUAUAAGAAGUUGCGGACGCCCAACGCACCCCCAGAUGACCGGAGCGACGAUGGCGCAUUGGGAAAGACUGGGCGAGACUGGUGGGACGACGAGGACCCCGAAGCACCAUGGAUGACGCAAGCGACGAGACUCAUGCCCAAGUCCACUAUUGCGCUGUGGCAAUUUACGCCGCACCUUGCUCUCGUCGUGCUGCUUCACACAGACACAUGGCAGGCGCGCCGGGGCAUGAUCGAGUACAACUUGACGUUCCUGCGGCAAGGUGUGCGCCGCAUUUUGAUGGAAGUUUAG